AUGCUCUUAACGAGUAUACCAAGGAAACAGCAUGGCCACUUGGUCCUGAGCGUCUUUCUGCCCUCAGCAACAUCUUUAGCCCUGAAGAGCUGGGCAAAGUUAUCGAGGAUUCGGGAGCCGAGUUUCGACGUUUUCGUCCUGACAAGCCUCGACUGUGGUCAGCACUCAAGACUUUCGUUGCCCCAGUCUCAACACUUGCAAGAAUAG